AUGGCACCAACCGCAACCUUUCCAAACGGGUUCACUUGCGAACCGGAUUAUGUCAACCAUGAUCUCUCUGUUUCUCUGGACUCAUCGAAUGCCUUUGAAGGCCCGGAGAAAUUGCUGGAGAUCUGGUUUGCUCCGGAUGCUCAGUCACUUCCAUGCGGCUCAUCUGCCAACGGGCUUCGCUCAGUCCCAUUGGCCGAGGUUGAGAACUUGUUAGAUCUGGUUAACUGCAAGGUCCUAUCCAAGAUUUCAACCGAUGAAAUGGACGCAUACGUUUUGUCGGAGUCGUCAUUGUUCGUGUACCCUCACAAGAUUGUGUUGAAGACCUGCGGUACGACCACCACCUUGCUGUGUCUGGCGAAGCUGUUGGAACUGGCUAACGAGUACAUCUCAUGGCCGGGUGACUUCAAGUCUAUCCACCGUAUCUUCUACUCUAGAAGAUGCUUCAUGUUCCCUAGCAGACAGAACGAGAUUCACCAGUCCUGGGACAACGAAUUGGCCUUCUUGAACAAGUUCUUUCACAAGAAGAGCUCCAAGGCUUACAUCGUCGGAGACAUGAGUCAUGACCAUUGGUAUUUGUAUCUUAAUGGAACCGAGGAGGGGAUGGCUGCUAACCCAGGAUCAUCCUACCUUUUGUCGCCAGUCAAUUCUAUCAAUUCAGCCGAAGCCGCAUGUCUCAAGUCAGGUGACUGUGAUGAGACAUUUGAGCUUCUCAUGACCGAAUUGGACCAGAAGCAAUGUGAAAACUUUGUCAUGGCUAACCAUUUGAACGAGUUCCCAACAAUGGAUCCUGCUCACGAAGACUAUGGUCAUCUUUUGGGCCAAAAGACCAUGGCUAAGACCAAACUAGACCGUCUUUUUGGCAACGCUGAAGCCAAGCAUGAUGCUUUUGCAUUCACACCUUGCGGGUUUUCCUCAAACUCCAUCGUGGAUGAGAAGUAUUACUACACCUUCCAUGUCACUCCGGAAGACGGGUGGUCUUAUGCGUCUUUUGAGACUAACGUUCCAGGGCGUAACAAGCUAAAGUUGAUGAACUCUGUUCUUGACGUUUUCAAACCUGGCAAGUUUUGUCUUGUCUUUUUUCGUGAAGAUGAGCAAAAUGCCGUAAAGGGCAAGGUUUCCGACUUCGAUCUCUUGAAGAAUUGCAAGAUUGCUGGUUACAACCGUGUCGACAAGAUCGCCUAUGAUCUGAAGUUGAACUACCGUUGCUUGUAUUCUUACUUUGAGAGAGCUUGA